AUGACCGAUCUGACGUACUGCUAUUUACAUAUGACAAAGGAUGAACUCGCCGUGCUGGACACUAUUGGCACUGCAGAUUAUCUCAAGGGAGAACUGUCGGACGACGAUGUCGAUGUACCUUCACACAUGGUUCCUCCCGAUCCGGAGGACGCUGACGUCUUGCCAUCACAAGUACAUCCUUCAUACCCUUAUGGAAAUCCGUUCAACAUCAAGCACCCUGCGGCGAGACCUCGACGCCCAUACGACCCAUCAUCUCGUGCUUUGUUCGAAGAUAUGGGCUUUUCGGGCGGCGGUGUGAACGGAUCUUUACGCUGGAAGGAUAUCGCGCUGGACACACUGUAUCCCGUUGACGAGGCGCGCCAAGAGGCUGAGAGGGCUGCCCAGGCACGCAAGAUGGCCAGUGGAACUAGCACAAACCAGCCACCACCUCCCCCGCCGCCCGCUCAGGUACAGCAGCCUGUAGAGGAAGAUGACGAGGACGAGGAGCAUGAUGAGAAUGAAGAGGACGAUGAUGGCGAGGCUGCAUCAAGCGACGACGAUUAG